UGAAAAGAAAAAGUUUUGUGCAUUUUUAAAAAGUUGAAAAUAUUGAUAUUUCUUCCAAAAUAUGAGCGCUUCCGGCAAAAGUCUAUUGGGUCUAUGGCUCUAUCGUAGUGGCGAGCAGGAAUGGGCUGUCAAACAAGGCAGUCCCUUACAUACGCUACGAAAAGAGCAUCGCAGUCUCGACACGUCGAUUUCCGAUAGUGGCAGUGAGAAGGGCAGUGUAGAUGCGGGCGAUUCUAAUCGCCAAAGUUCGCCCGGAGAUCGUGUCUCUAUAAUUUUUACAUUAAAAAAUCAGGUUGGAAAUUUAGCGCGAGCUCUACAAGUCUUUCAGGAAUUGGGUAUUAAUGUGCUGCAUUUGGAAUUAUCUCCUUUGGAGAAAACCACCAAUCAGGCUGACGUCCUCGUCGAUGUCGAAUGUGAUGCCCGACGUUUGGAUAAAGUACUGCAAAUGUUAAAUCGUGAGGUGCAGUCUGUAAAUUACACAACUGUACAUCCAAUGUCACGCGCGCCAUCUCUAUCGGCGUGUUCCAGUUUUGACUUUGGUGAAAUGGUCUGGUUUCCACGUAAGAUUUCCGAUUUGGAUAAGGCACAAAACGUGCUGAUGUAUGGCUCUGAGCUCGAUGCUGAUCAUCCUGGCUUCAAAGAUCCAGUCUAUCGUAAGCGACGUGAGACGUUUACAGCGAUUGCUAAUAAUUAUAAGCAUGGCCAUCCGAUACCACGUGUGACCUACACACCGGAAGAGAUAAAAACUUGGGGCACUGUCUUCCGUGAACUGCAUCGCUUGUAUGUCAAGCAUGCCGUGAAGGAGUAUAUGGAAAAUUGGCCGGAAUUGGUUAAGUAUUGUGGUUAUCGUGAGGACAAUGUGCCGCAGUUGGAGGAUGUGAGUAAUUAUUUGAAACGUAAGACAGGUUUUCAGUUGCGUCCCGUUGCUGGCUAUUUAUCGCCACGUGAUUUUUUGUCGGGCUUGGCUUUUCGCGUAUUCCAUUGUACACAGUACAUACGACACUCGUCCGAUCCGUUCUACACGCCAGAGCCUGACUGCUGUCAUGAGCUUUUGGGUCACAUGCCGCUAUUAGCUAAUUCCAGUUUUGCUCAAUUCUCCCAGGAAAUCGGAUUGGCUUCAUUGGGCGCUGCGGAUGCAGACAUUGAAAAGUUGGCAACGUUAUAUUUCUUUACGGUGGAAUUUGGACUCUGCAAGCAACAGGAUAGCACUUUCAAAGUAUAUGGCGCUGGUCUACUAAGCUCUGUGGCUGAACUACAGCAUGCCAUAACUGCAAGUGAGAAAAUCAAAAAAUUCGAUCCCGAUGUAACUUGCCAAGAGGAAUGCAUUAUAACAUCUUAUCAAAAUGCUUACUACUACACCGACUCAUUCGAGGAGGCUAAAGAGCAAAUGAGAAAUUUCGCCGAUAGCAUACAGCGUCCCUUCGGCGUACGCUAUAAUCCUUAUACCCAAGAAGUGGAGGUGCUGUCAAAUGCUCAAAAGAUUACGGCGUUUGUAAGUGAGCUAAAGGGCGAUUUGAGUUUGGUUUGUCAGGCUAUGCGCAAGAUUUCCGCCAAUGAUGAACAACUGGAUGUGGAUAGCAUUGCCAAUAUGUUGCAGACAACGCUAAAUGUACGCGGCGACAGAACACCGGGCAACUCGGUAAGUCCAGAUAAUUCAGAUGACUCACAGCAUUCAGUGGGCAAGUAAGAGUAAACGUUACGCAAUGACGACGAAAGAAAGCACGCGAAAUAUGGACCACGGCUUAAAGGAGAAGUUUUGAAUUAACUGAAAUAUUAAAAAAAAUUACUUAAAAUUAGUGUAUAAUUAUUUAAA